UUCCGUUCUAAAAUUAUUGUCUAAUUUGCAUAAUUUAAACUGGACAACAAUUUUGGGAUGGAGAAGUAUAUAAUUUUAUGGAAAUGGAGAGUGUAUUCUUUUCGCGGGCUAAUUCCUUUCAAGUUUCAACGAACAUGGUAAAAACCAGAGGAAGACGAAGCUAGUUCAACUACAAAAUCAAAUGUCAAGAGGCCAUUCACCAUUUUCUCCUUCUCCUUCUCAUGGUACAAUUGAGCAGCAUUACUCGGAAAAUAACCAAUCACGACCAACUCAAACAACUCCAUGCCCAACUCGUUAAAAACUCCCUCCACCAUGGCAACUACUGGGCGGCGCAACUCAUCUGCCUCUGCAAGCGCCUCCAUGCUCCGCCACUUUACACUCGCCGGAUUUUUGAAUCGGCCCACUUUCCCAAUGUCGUCGUGUUUACCAAUAUGUUAAAGUAUUACUCCAAGUUGGGCAACCCAAUGGAUGUUUCCUCACUGUUCGGCCUAAUGCAAAAGGCCAACGUAAAGCCUGAUUCCUUUGUGUACCCAUUGUUGAUUAAAUCGUCUGGUAAAGCUGGCAUUGCCUUCCAUGCCCAUUUGUUGAAAUUGGGUCGUUCCCAUGAGAAGUUUAUUGACAAUGCAAUUAUGAGCUGGUACGGGAAGUAUGGCCCUGUUGAGUCUGCUUGGAAUGUGUUUGAUCAAAUGUCUGUAAAGAUUGUCGCUGAUUGGAAUUCCAUUAUAUCUGCCUGUUGGAACUGGGGAAAGACAUCAAAGGCUGUAAGUUUGUUUGGUUUGAUGCCGGAGAAGAAUGUGAUUUCGUGGACUGCUAUGGUGUCCGGUUCUGCAAAAGCUAAGGAUUUGGAGGCUGCUAGGAGAUAUUUUGAUCAAAUGCCGGAGAGGAGCAUUGUUUCGUGGAAUGCAAUGAUUUCGGGUUAUGCUCAGAAUGGGCAGGCUGAAGAAGCUAUCCAGUUAUAUAACGAGAUGCUGAGUUCUGGGUUGAGACCUGAUGAAACAACAUGUGUGGCUGUUAUCUCAUCAUGUUCAAUGCGUGGUGACCGUGCUCUAGCUGAUUCGCUUGUUAUGAUGAUGAACAAGAAUAGGAUUUCUCCGAACCAUUUCGUCAAGACUGCACUACUUGAUAUAUAUGCCAAGUGUGGGGAUCUCAAAAUGGCCAGGGAAAUGUUUGAUGAUUUGGGUGUGUAUGGGAACUUGGUUACAUGGAAUGCAAUGAUUGCCGCUUACACCAGAGUUGGUGAUUUGACUUCUGCUAUGGAGCUUUUUCAAAAUAUGCUGGAAAAAGAUGUAAUCUCCUGGAAUACAAUGAUUGCCGGUUGUUUGCAGAAUGGAGAAUCAGCUGUGGCUAUAGAUCUCUUCAAGGAGAUGAUAACCUGUAAGGACAUAAAGCCAGAUGAAGUAACCAUGGUUGGUGUAAUCUCGGCUUGUGGCCAUUUGGGAGCGCUAGAAAUGGGAAACUGGGUAGUAAAGUUUUUGAGUGAAAAACAGAUCAAGUUGAAGAUUGGAGGUCACAACUCUUUAAUAUUUAUGUACUCCAAAUGUGGAAGCAUGACACACGCUUACAAGGUUUUUCAAGAAAUGGAUAUCAGAGAUGUGAUAUCUUACAACACAUUGAUUGCUGGAUUUGCUGCUUAUGGCAGUGGCGUUGAAGCUCUUGAAGUGUUUUCAAAGAUGCAAAAAGAAGAUAUUGAACCAGAUCGCAUAACGUAUAUUAGCGUCCUAACAGCCUGCAGUCAUUCAGGGUUGUUGGAAGAAGGGAAACAAGUUUUUGACUCAAUUGUAGAUCCAGAUAUUGAUCACUAUGCCUGUAUGGUAGAUUUAUAUUGUAGAGUGGGUAGACUAGAUGAAGCAAAAAGAUUGAUUGAUGUUAUGCCAAUGGAUCCUCAUGCAGGAAUCUAUGGGUCUCUCCUCAAUGCUAGCCGAGUUCAUACACGAAUUGAUCUUGGAGAGUUUGCAGCAAGCAAACUCUUUGAGCUUGAGCCAGAGAACUCAGGAAACUAUGUUCUGCUGUCUAACAUUUAUGCAAGGGCAGGUCGGUGGGAAGAUGUUGAUAGAAUCAGAGGAUCGAUGAAGAAAGGAGGAGUAAAGAAAACAACUGGCUGGAGUUGGGUGGAACAUGAUGGCGAGUUACACCGAUUCAUUGUAGGUGAUCAGUCACAUGAACGUUCAGUAGAAAUGCAUAGAGUUCUGGCUGAACUGAAAAAGAAAAUGAAGGUUUCUGGUUAUAUAGCUGACAAGGACUGUGCUUUAAGAGAUGUUGAGGAGGAAGAGAAAGAAGAGAUGGUUGGAACUCAUAGCGAGAAGCUGGCGGUCGCGUUUGCUCUCCUUGUAAGUGAACCUGGAACAACCAUUAGGGUGGUGAAGAACCUAAGGAUCUGCAGGGAUUGCCACGACGCAAUGAAAAUUAUCUCACAGUUGGAGAGCAGGGAAAUAAUGGUGAGAGAUAACAACAGAUUCCAUUCAUUCAAAGAUGGGGUCUGUUCUUGCAAAGACCAUUGGUAGUUCGGCUGAAAGGAGGGCCAAGUGUUUGGUCUGAACACUCUGAUAAGCACAUAGUACUGCAUCGGGUUUGUAAUACUGUUUGCAUUAUGCCUCAUCUAUAGAAGCUCGGUUUUGCUACUAAGUACUAACAGUCUUCAGCCACUGUUUGGUUUGACCUUUUCAUUUUCUCCUAUUUCACGAGCAAAAAUGAAAAAACAACGGCAAAACGAACCUCAAGACUAAAGAUACCCGAUUACUAUUCCGUAUCAAAUGAUGCCUCCUAUUUCCUCCUAUUUCACGAACCAGUGUUUGCUUUUGUUUUCUCAUGUUGUUAUAUUUACUUUUGAGUCAUUUGUAUCAAAAUCUGCCAUCCUUAAAUAUCAU